ACUUUACUUCCCAAAUAAACAAUACAAAGGGACAUACAAGUCUGAGAUUGCUGAGAACUGAGGGGGCAACGGUAUUCAAGUCAAACUGUCUCAGGACGUUUGACUUAGAUUUACACUGUUAAAUUAUAUAUUCUGAACAUAAUAAUGGGGUCUCUUUGAUUAUUUAUUUUGCAACUGAACUCAACAUCUGAACAUAAACAUUGAAAAUGGUGCUACGAGUCAACAUUCCAAGUUUCAGAAAGGUGAAGGAAGAUGAUGAGAUGUACACGGUUUUCUUGGUGGAUGUCUGGCUGUCCGGGCACCAUCAAGUAAUUGAAAAGAGAUACUCUGAGUUUGAAGAACUGCACAAACAGCUGAAGAAAAUAAUGAAAACUCCUGAGUUUCCUCCAAAAAAAGUUUUGAAAUGGAACACGAAAGUAUUGGAGCAAAGACGGGUUGGAUUAGAUGCUUUUUUUCAGGGUGUAUUAGAACAUGAGCCAACACCCAGCAUCGUGCACACCUUUUUGGAGACAGAUGCUUUAGAUGCCUCCAUGGACUUUGAGAAUGAGGAAGAACAGAAGACGACCCAUCAGCCUGUGGUGACUCUAGAUGCAGAUGUGUUCCUGAGAAACCUCAAAACAAACUGCCUGCCAAACAUCAUUGAAGAAGGAGUGAAAAUGGGAUUAUAUUCAACUCCAUCCCCCAACUUUAAUACUUGAGAUUUUGUAAAACUAGUCAUUUUAUAUUUUAUUCUCUUUGUACAUUUUAUAUCAAUCUUGUUCUUGGUACAAGUAAGUCAUAUUGAAAGAGACAUUAAUAUUUAUAUAUAUAUAUAUAUUAUAUCUAUACACAUGAACUUGUUUUUAAGGAAAUGAAUUGAAUUGCCCCUUCUUUAACAUAGUCUUCAUUUUGGUGCAAUUUUCCACUUGUUGCAUAGGAAAACAGGAAUCUUGUUGUCCAGUUUGGAUAUAUAUAUAGCAUUUGAUGAGGAUAUCAUAAUACAGAAUGUCUCAAUGUUAUUUCGCAUAGGCUGCAAUAAAUCCUUACUAUCUUGUUUUGGGUGUUCAAAACAGUACCCAUUGAGUUGAGGUACCGUUUUAUUAGUUUGAGGACCACAAAUGGCAGUUUUUUAACUGGUUUGUCAAGGUUGUACCAGUUGAAAGAGACUAUCGGUCUUUUGUUGCCCAGCACAAUCAUGUAUGUUGUAGCCACCCUCUAAUGGUGAUGAGUUUGAAUCUUUAGUUUUAGUUUGAGUUUGAGUUUUACAGCGCUUGCAACCCAAAGAGGUUGUAUAACAUUAGAGCCAAAUAUUUGAGGUUUUACUAUAAGGACGAUGGAUAUUUAAUUUUUUUUUGACGUGCGAGGCGCAGACCACACCAGAGUACCCGCCAACCACCCAUGAAGUUUUCUAUCUUCAGUCUCAUCAAUGAAAUCCCUACCAAUCCAAUGCCAAAAUGUUCCUCCCGAUAGACAAUGACAAUACUGAGUGUGUGUGGCUGACAGGCGCUCUGGUGCACUUUGCUCCUUCGUCCAUCGAACUUCCAUCUUCCUUACAACUCCUCCUUCUUUUAUUUGUAUGUUACUCUCUAGUAACACUUGAAACCUCUAAUUUUUUGCACUUAUAUGACCUAUUUGUAUAGCAAGUGCUGUAAAAUUCUGAAUAACGGUACUUCUACUUCUAGACUAGAGCUAUGUUGUUACAGCUUCAGAUUUUCCCGAUCUCCAAUGGCAAUUUAUGACUAUUUUGUAGAUGUAUCCUCUUUUUAUUUUUCAACACAACUUAGAUAAAUUGAUAAAUACUCUGAUGUUAUAUUAUAUUCUUAUUCUCCUACAUUUUAAUGUUUCUAUUGUUUUUAUGAAUUCUUACUCUGUGGUCAUUGUCAUCAGUGCAACUAGAGUAGAGGCACUCUGCCUCCACUUGUCAAAUAUUUUUGUCUGUAAAAAACAUUAAUUAUCAUAGCUGAAUUCUUUUUGGUUCCUGGUAUACUCUGGCUAUUAUUAUUAAGUCAUUUGAUGAAAACCAGUUUUUGAUUGAGAAGCUGAGAGAGAAUAAUGGAGAAAGGUAAAGUGAGGGAACAGAAAGA